AUGAAACUUUUGACUGCAAUUGUUUUUCUAACCUUCAGGUGCUUAUCCUCAACGCAUUUCGAGAAGGCUCAAGCAGACCUUAAAAAACUGCACCAAGAACCAAGUGUAGAUGUAAAAUUGAAACUGUAUGCACUUUAUAAACAGGCAACAUUAGGUGACGCGUCUGGUAAAAGACCGAGUGCUCUCGAUUUUGCAGGAAGGGCAAAAUUUGAUGCUUGGAACAGUUUGAAAGGAACUCUGCAGGGUGAAGCGCAGGAACAAUAUUCGCAGAUUGUCAACUCAUUAUUGGGUGAACAAAAUGAAGAAUCCGGCGAUCGUGCAGAAAGUAAAGUCAGUGGUUUAGAAUCGGUUCCAGGCGUUAACUUCUCAAAAGAAGGCAAAAUUUUCAAAAUUGAACUCAAUCGACCGGAAAAAUAUAACGCAAUUACAAUAGAAAUGUAUCAAGUUUUAACGAAUGCUCUGGAGUAUUCGAGUAAAGAUACGAGUACAUCAAUCACAGUAUUUACUGGAACCGGCGAUUACUUUUGUAGUGGGAAUGAUUUGUCGAAUUUUGCACGUGUUAAAAGUCGUGAGGAUAUGGUGCGUAUGGCAGAUGAAGGUGGUAAAGUAUUGGAUGCGUAUGUGCAGGCGUUUAUCAAUCAUGAAAAGCCAUUAGUUGCGCUUAUAAAUGGGCCUGCAAUCGGAAUUUCUGUCACUCUACUUGCUUUAUGUGAUGUGGUUAUUGCAUCGGAUAAGGCCACCUUCCAUACACCGUUUGCAACUCUUGGACAGUCUCCCGAAGGCUGUUCAACAUACACUUUUCCGAUUCUGAUGGGACAUUUGAAAGCCGCUGAAGUGUUACUGUUUGGUCGUAAAUUAACGGCAUUGGAGGCUAUGGAAAGAAAUUUAGUAAAUCAAGUAAUACCUGCAAGUAGUUUUCUAAGUGAAGCAUCAAAACUUGUAACUGCUUACUCAAAUCUACCACCUGAAUCGCUGAGACUCAACAAGCAGAUAUUGCGUAGUGUACAUAAGGAACGAUUGUUGCAAUGCAAUAAGCAUGAAGUGAAACUGCUAACUGAGCGUUGGUUGAGUGAAGAAUGCAUGCAGGCUAUUCUCAAGUUCAUGAAACGGAAGAAUUAA